AUGGAAUCCGCCUCGCCCGUACUACGGCCAUUGGGUAGAAAUGGACCUCUGGUGCCACGGAUUGGCUUCGGUACCAUGGGGUUGGGGUUUCCCUGCUCGCGAACGACAGCUCCCAUUCCUGAUCCUGAGCGUCUUGCCCUUCUUAAUCGCGCGUAUGAACUCGGAUGUACUUUCUGGGACACCAGUGACUACUAUGGCGAUGCUGAGGUUAUCAUCGGCAAAUGGCUUGCCUCGAAUCCCGAGAAGCGCAAUGAUAUCUUCCUUGCCACAAAGUUCGGCGCCAUCCAACUUCCCACGGGUUUUGAAUUCCGCGGCGACGCCGCAUAUGUGCCCAUUGCCUGUGGGAAAAGCCUCAAAAGACUCGGGGUGGAGACAAUUGACCUCUGGUACCCCCAUCGGCUCGAUGGAUCGACCCCUAUUGAGCAUAUUGUGGCGGAGAUGGUCACGUUGAAGGAACAAGGCAAGAUUCGAUAUCUCGGUUUGUCAGAAGUCUCCUCGGCAACCCUGCGACGCGCCCAUGCCGUGCACCCGAUUGCGUGCGUCCAGAUGGAAUACAGCGCCUUCACGACGGAGAUUGAGUCCCCUGAACAUAACUUUCUGGCAACCUGCCGUGAGCUUGGCGUCGCCGUCGUCGCAUACUCUCCCUUCUCUCGAGGCCUGCUCAGUGGGGGUAUCCAGGGGCCGGACGACUUCGAGGAGGGUGACAUUCGCCGCUUCUACCCGCGUUUCUCGAGGGAGAACUUUCCCAAGAAUAUGGAGCUUGUCGGGGCCAUCAAGGAACUUGCGACCAAGAAAGGCGUCACUGUUGGUCAGGCAGCACUAGCGUGGCUGCUGAGUCAAGGGGAUGAUAUCUUUCCAAUCCCUGGAACUAUCACCAAAAAGUACAUCGAGGAGAACUUCGCGGCGAUGCACGUGGAGCUCACCCCUGAAGAGUCGCAGCAUAUCCGCGGCUUGGUGGAGAAGGCAUCCGUGUUUGGAGAUAGAUGGCCGCCGGAGCAUGGACUUGGCUUGUUCGCCGACACGCCGCUUCCCGAGGAGAGGAAGGAUGAGAAAAGGAUGCCACUAUAG